AUGCAUUUUUCUUAUGGCUGGUUGAAGAACAACAGCUCAUGGCUUGUCUACUCAAAGGCACUUGAUGGUGAAUUCUGUCUGUCAUGUGUAUUGUUUGGAACUCAGACAGCGCAAAGAGGCGGACAGGACCUUGGAGCACUGAUUACAAGGCCAUUAAAAACUUUCAACAAGGCUACAGAGCUGUUGCGGAAGCAUGGAAGCCAGAUUGAGUACCACAAGGAUGCAAUGAUUUUCAUGCAGAAUUUCAUCUCUACAAUGGAACAGCAGUGUGUUUCAGUUUAUGAGUUAGCUCACUCAUCACAUGCGCAGGUAAUCCAACAGAAUCGUCAGAAGCUUUUGUCAAUUCUCAAAUGUUCUGACCACAAUCCAAGAAAUUUCAAGGCCAUUUUAAAUCUGCGAGUGGAAUCUGGUGAUGAAACACUAAAAGAGCACUUGGCCAGAGCUGGAAAGAAUGCCACAUACACUCUAAAGACCAUCCAGAAUAAGCUUAUUGAGUUUACAGGAGAUGGGAUUCGUCGAAAGACUCUUGAUGAAGUGAGCAAUGCCCGUUUCUAUACUGUGCUGGCUGAUGAAGUUGCUGAUGUGUCUAACACGGAGCAGUUGAGCUUAGUGUUGCGAUUUGUCGGUCGCUCAGGAGAAAUUAAUGAGCAAUUUAUCGAGUUCCCGUCCUGCAAAAAUGGUAAACAUGGUUUGGAUGUGAAUCUUUUGCGUGGCCAAGUGUAUGAUGGAGCUGGUGCCAUGGAUGGACGCGUCAGUGACGUGGCUGCCCGAAUUCAGCAACAAUGUCCGCUUGCAUUGAAUGUCCACUGUUUCUCUCCCAAUCUCAAAUUUGUCAUUGUCAAUGCAUGGCAGGUCCAAGCAGUUAGAAAUGCUAUGGAUGUCAUCAGCAAAAUUGCAUCCUUCUUUGAGAACUCCUCAAAGAGGCAAGUAGCACUUAAGGAAAAGAUCCAAGAAACAGAGCAACCAAACAGAAAGAAGCAUUUGUUGGACUUGUGCAGGACGCGGUCGAUCUAUCGCCAUAAGGCUUUGGAGAAUUUCAGCCAGUUUUAUGAAACAUUGGUGGACUUGCUACAAGACAUUAAGUCUUCACGAGAGGGGUGGAACCGGAAUACAGUCACAGAUUCAGCUGAACUUUUGAACGCCAUCGUUCAGUUUCAAUUUCUGAUGGCAUUCGCGGUCAUGUGGAAAGCGCUGACCAUUCUCAAAGGACUGAGUAUUAGCCUCCACUCCAGCUCCAUCGACAAUGCAAGGCAUACAGAGAAGUUUCGAACACCAAAACAACGGUUUGAUCUGGCUAAAGGCAUGUCGGAAGCAGUUCCUGCUAGAGGUUCAGAAAUUUCACGGCGGUGUGGACGACAGAGGCACAGGGAUAACGUUCCAGAUGAAAAUCCAGAAGAGUACCACAAGAGAUCAAUUACUAUCCUCUUUUUAAAUCAUCUUUUAACUCAACUGCAGAAGCGAUUUAGUAGCGACCACCAACGCGUUGGUCUUGGCCUAUCUCUGGCCCCUAGAGUUAUGAAGAACACUCCACAGUGGUCAGAGAAUGUAAAGCAAUUGGCAGAAAUUUACCAGGAUGACCUACCCUCACCACAGAAUCCAAAUAUAGAAUCGUUAUGCUGGGGAGUGAUGUGGGACAACCACAAGGGUGAAGUGCUAAACAAGCCAGCCGACACUCUUCUCCAGUGUGACAGCAACUAUUUUCCCAAAAUAUUCACACUGUUGAGGAUUGUCUGCACCCUUCCAGUUACCACCUGCUCUUGUGAGCGAAGCAUCAGUGGCCUCAAGCGGCUGAAAAUAUAUCUGAGGUCAACAAUGGGCCAAGGACGAUUGAAUGGCCUGGCACUGAUGCACUUCAACUAUGGUAUGUCUAUUGACUAUGAGGCUGUGCUGUCUGCCUUCGCAAGGAAGCACCCGAGGAGAAUGGCAAUGUUUCCUACGUCUAUAGCUGUAGCAGUACUUGAGAUAGAAUGUCGUCUGGACGCGAGCUGUCAACGUUUCCAUCAUCCUGUCAGUGAGGGCACCCCUAAAUCACUAAAGAAUUUGAACGUCAACAUUCAGCGUCCUGUGGUCCCUCGUUCUCGUUCGCUGUCCCGCUCAAGGCGCAAAAUCGUGUGCCGGUUGGAGUGCAUUCACGUCUCGGGAGCCGAGGGAGGUGAGGCCCUUGACGUGGAGGCCAACGUUAACAUUGUAGGGUAG